CUCAUCACCUCUUAUCCAGCAUCUAACGUACAAUGUAGGUAGAACUCCUCACCCUAGAUAAGUACGACGUAGUAGUUAGCAGUGCUAACCUUGAAAGUGUAUGGUGCUAACUUGCUAAGUAUCUCUUAGUAGUAGAUCCUGUAACUACGAUAAGUACAGUACUACUACUAGGUACAGUAUGUACUGAAGUGCCUGAACAGUAUGCACUGAACAGUACUUACACAAUGAACGGGUUACACACCUACCACCUUUUACACACUUUACCACGCACCACACACUCAACCAACCUAUCGUAUCUUUUUUUCUUCUUUCUUCCACUUUUUCCAUGUCAUGCAUGCAUCGGGAACUCAUUGACUGGAUUGAAUGAAUGAAUGAUUGAUUGCACGAGCGGACGAAAAACGAUUGCUUGUUGGCCUGCUUAAGCUUAGAAUAAUACUUUCUACUCAAUUCUGUUAUUUGAUUGAUUGCGAUACGAUACCCCCCCAUCGAAGCAAGAAAAAGAAAAAGAAAGAGUAUCAUUCGGUGGAAUCAGACUCGAUUCGGUAGGAUCAUUCGUCGGUAGACCGGAAAGACACGAUCUAUUUCCGACACACCAAAGAAGAAAAAAAUAAAACCAAGACCAAAACCCUCAAAACCCUAACACCUCCCAACCCUCAGCACGACAUGGGUAACAUACUCUCUACUUUCUCUAGCGCCACUACUCUCGCCCAAGAGGAGAGAGAGGCCAUAGAGAAAAAGAUUGCCGAAAGAGAUGAGAACAUUGCUACCCUCGAGAAGAACUUGGCUACCAAGGAAGAAGAACUUGCAGGUGCAAAGAAGGACCUCACCAAGACUUCCGAGGAACUAGAACUUCUCCGAAAGAAGGUCGCUGAGUUGGAAGCCCAAUCCAGCACAGCCGGCCAGAGUACCCAAGAGCAGAUUGAAAAACUUCAAGCUCAAUUGAAGCAAGCCGCAGAUGAUUCCACUCAACAGAUUCAUGGUCUAGAGGAGGUCGCUGCUGCUCGAGCAAGCGAGCUUGACCAAGCCCGUGCUCAACUCGCCGAGCUAGAGGCGAAGCUCAAUGACUUGCAACAAACGAAAACCACGUUGAGUGAGGAGUUGUCGGCCGCCAAGCGGGAACGCGCUGAUGAAAUCGAGCAACGAAACUCCCUCGAGGCUUCGCUGAAGGAGCAACUGGCCACCUUGAAGGAAGAACUCCUCGCCUCCAACAACAAGCAUGUCGCAUUACAAGAUGACCACAACAAGCUCGCAGAGCAACUGGCAUCCCUAAAGUCCAGUCAAGGUGACGAGUACAACGCUCUUGAGGAGGCACAUGCCCAACUGAAGAAGGCAUCCGAGGAAGAAAUUACGUCGACCAAGAACAGCCUAACGGACAUUGAGCAAAAGCAUGCCAGUUUGCAACAAGCAUACGACCAAUUGGUAGUGGAAUCUGGCGAGAAGGUCACUGCUGCGGAGCAGAGCGUAGCCGAGUGGAAGUCGAAGCACGAGACCCUGCAAGGGGAAUACGACAGUCUCGCGAGCGAAGCGGCAGCUGCGAAGGAAGAGGCGGCCAACGGUGAUGAGAAGAAGAAGGCUCUCGAGGCUGAGUUGGAACAACACCGCGCCGAUCUAGAGAAGCUCCAACAAAAUGUGGCCGCCUUAGAAGAAAGCCAGGAGAAGUCGAAAGCUGACCACGCGGCCGAAAUCGAGAGCGCUAAGCAAGAAGUAGAGCAACUUCAGGAAAAGCUGAAUGCACUUCAGGGCGACCACGACAAGCAAGCAGGCGAGCUUAGCGGCGCACAAGCCGAAGUUGCCGAGCUACAGAGCAAGCUCGCAUCUGCGCAAGCCGAGCACGAGCAGUUGCAACAGCAGCACCAAGAGCAGGUCGCAGCGCUUGAAAAGGCCAAGGAAGAAGCUGCCGAGUUGCAGGAGAAGCUGAAGUCUGCCGAGGAGCAGAACGAACAACUGCAGAAGAAGCACGACGAGCAAUCAGCGCAAAUUUCUGAUCUGGAGGCCAAGAUAACAAAGGCUGGGGAGGACCUUGAAGCAGCACAAACUGACAAGGCGGCUCUUGAGUCCAAAGUCAGCGAGUUGGAGUCCGAAAAGCAACAAGACCAGGAAGCUCAAACCGUCCUGAGUACCAAGCUAGAAGAAGCACAAGCCACCAUUGCUCGCUUGGAGACCGAGAAGGAGGAAUUUGCCGUAAAAAUCGAAGCCGCCGAGAAAGAAGUCAAGAAGGUGAAGGAGGACCACCCUGCUGAGGCCAAGGUGAACGGUAACACGAACGGUACAGCAGCUGAGGAAGAGGCUUAAGGGAUCCUGGAAAACCUAGGAGACCUAGGAAACCCAAGAAUCUCUGGGUGAACGGCCCCUCCAAACGGCACCAUGAAUGGCACGAAGGAACCUUAAUGUUAAUCUUAGUCAAAAUGUCCUGUGGUGACAUUGCGAAUCGUCCACUCUUAUCCAAAAGUGAAAAACGGUUAUGCGGUUCGAAAGGUUACUUAACAACAACUCGUGGCAUUGCUAGCUUUCCACCAAUGAAACUAGAGGGUGUGGUGUUGUAGGUUUUACCUUACUUUGAGCAUGCUAUCUUGCCUGGAAACAAACAAAAAACAACAACAACGACAACAAAUCUUCGGAAUAGGUAAACGCUCGGGUUCAACGGGAAAUGGUUUUUAUGAAUGAAGGGCUGGAUAGGUAGGGAAUACCACUAAUGAGAACGUGGUCCAAGGAAUCGUAUAAGGAUGAUGUGCUGUGUUGUCGUUUGUCCUAAUAGUUUCCCUAACUUUAAUCGAGAUCGGGCUUAUGUAGAUGAGGUGAUGAACUGGUCUGAGAUGAAGAUGAAGAAGAAGAAGCUAUUUCAAUAAAGAUACCACACUCAUUAA